UGUUCCCCCUGGCCUGCGGAGGCGCGUGGCUUUGCCGUCUUCCCGGUAGCACAGAGCGAGUCCCCGUGUGGCGUGGGCCAUAUAGAGAAAGCAAGCUCUCUUUUCCUCUGACCUCUGCAAGGAUUUGGGGGGCAUGAUGAUUUUUUUACCAUUUGGUGGGGGCUUUGUUCUGCUUUUUUUUCCUCUGCAGAACGAGUCUGAGCUCUUUGGCAGGACAAUUCGUGUGAACUUGGCCAAACCAAUGCGAAUUAAAGAAGGAUCAUCCAGGCCUGUCUGGUCGGAUGAUGACUGGCUGAAGAAGUUUUCUGGGAAGACUCUGGAGGAGAACACAGAGGAGGCAGCAGCAGAGGCCCCCAAACCAGAGGUGCAGGAGGGCGAGCCUCCUGCCAAGAAAUCCCGGGUCAACCCUCAGGUUUACAUGGACAUCAAGAUUGGAAAUAAACCUGCGGGGCGGCUGCAGAUCCUCCUGCGCUCAGAUGUGGUGCCCAUGACCGUAGAGAAUUUCCGCUGCCUCUGCACCCACGAGAAAGGCUUUGGCUUCAAAGGGAGCAGCUUCCACCGCAUCAUCCCCCAGUUCAUGUGCCAGGCCGGCGACUUCACCAACCACAACGGCACUGGAGGCAAAUCCAUCUAUGGGAAGAAGUUUGAUGAUGAAAACUUCAUUCUCAAGCACACGGGGCCAGGGCUGUUAUCGAUGGCAAACUCUGGUCCAAACACCAACGGCUCGCAAUUCUUCAUCACUUGCGAUAAAACAGACUGGCUGGACGGGAAGCACGUGGUGUUCGGGGAGGUGACGGAGGGCAUGGACGUGGUGCGGCAGAUCGAGGCUCAGGGCACCAAAGAUGGGAAGCCAAAGCAGAAGGUGAUUAUCUCGGACUGCGGGGAGUGCCCAUGAGCUCGGCUCCUGGAUGGGGUGAGCCUGACCAGGAGGGGCCGGGGAGCCGGCUGGGGUGGGACAGCCCCACGAAACCCCCAGCAGUGCCCAGCUCCCGCGGCUUCUGUCGAAAUUCCCCUGCAAAGCUUGGUGUGAACGUGCCUGUGGACAGCGCUGGGGGGGGGCCGCCCCCCC